UCCCCACUUGCUCACUUUUGGCUUGGGCACUACAAAUACACACAUCCACCUCUCACUUAUCUCUCAUGUUUCCCACUUCUCCCUCUCCCUUCUGCACUUCUCCACUUCUCCACUUCUCCACUUCUCUUCCCUUUACAGUUUCUUCAGUCUUUUCUCCUCUUCUCUCUGCAUUUCCACCAAAAUCUCCAGAUGGGUUUGUUUUAAAACCUCAAAUUCAUCUUCCUUCUCAACCAUCAAUCUCUGUGGACACACAAUUCUUUUGCAUUCUAAUCCAGAACCCAAAAAACUAGUCUGUAUUUUUUGCUCUGCUUCCUCUGUUAUUUUCUGAUCAAUCUAUAAAGAUUACAUUUUUUUUCUUCCGGAGCAACUGCCAUUGUAGUGAUGUCGUCCGUGGUGUGCCAAGGUUUGCAGUCAAUUUCAUUUCUCGAGCCCUGGCCCAAAGUAAGUGCAACUAGACCUUACUGCGCCCGAUCACUCAGUUGUGCUCGGAAAGCUCGCAUCUUUGAUUCUGAUUCUGAGAAAUUCCAGCAAGAGAAGAACAGCAACAACGAGGAACUAGAAAGCAACAACAACUGCAGCGAUUUUGAUAGAGAUAAGAACAAAAAGAACCAAUUCUGCUCCAAUGGCAGUGACAUGGGUGGAUGGAGCUGCAUCCAAGCUCUUGUCAAUACCUCUCAGGAUCCCAAACCAGCAGUAGCAGCAAAAGAGAAGGACGAGAAGGAGAAGCUCUAUAUCCAUCCUCUUGUGAAGCGUACCUCUUCGCAGCUUAGCGAGAAAAGCUUGGAGAUGUGUACGGAGAAUUUGGGGUCGGAAACGGGUUCUGAUAUCAGCGAAGAAGAAAUUAUUAUUAACUCAUCGAACUAUGACAGAGUGAAAGAACGAUCAAAAUCGUCUCUGCCACAGCUUUCAAAGGUGAAUUCUCGGGAAUUUCCACCACCUUUAAUUAGUGACGCUAGUAGGGAUCUCGACCUCUUUAAGAUAGAGAAUAAGGAAAACGUCUCAACCACUCAUUGCGAGGUUGGGGAAUCAACUCAUCCUAUGAUCGCAAGAAAAAGUGAGACUGAUUAUCAGGCUAGUGAGAGUGUACCAACUUAUGGGAGUGUACCACUAGAUGAUCAUAAGGAUUCCUUUACGCGUAGGAGUACUCGUGGACACGCUCCCCGUUGUCAUUUUGAGAUUGAAGGGGAAACUCUUAUUUGUGUUCUAAAGGAUGAGUAUGAGCUCGCUUCUUUGCGAGACACGCUCUCCUCACCUACUAAGGAUAAGUGGCAAGCUGCUAUAGAGGAUGAACUGAGUUCUAUGAGUAAGAACCAGAUAUGA